AUGGGAAACAAGGUGUUUGGAAUCACGAAAGGCGCCUCGGACGAUGAAAUCAAGGAAGUCGAUCGAAAGAUGGCGCUCAAAUAUCACCCGGACCAGAAUAAAGAGAAAGAUGCUGAAGCGAAAUUCAAGGAAGUCGCUGAAGCCUACGAUGUGCUCUCCGAUGCAAAGAAGAAAGGGAUCUACGAUAAAUUUGGAGAAGAGGGAUUGAAGGGUGGAAUGGGUGAAGGCGGCGGCGGCGGAAUGCCUGGUGGACACUACGAAUUCCAUUCAGACCCGAUGGAGAUGUUCUCGCAAUUCUUUGGAGAUGGUGGGUACCGUCGACAGCGUCAAGAUCCGACGGUGGUGCACGAGCUGGCCGUCUCGCUGGAGGACAUCUACAAAGGCUGCGUAAAGAAAAUGAAGAUCACAAGAAAGGUUUUGAACGCCGAUGGGCAAUCGGCCCGGGUGGAGGACAAAGUAUUGACGAUCAACGUGAAGCCAGGAUGGAAAAGCGGUACGAAAAUCACAUUCCCGAAGGAGGGAGACCAAUAUGCCGGACGAGUCCCUGCUGACAUUGUUUUCGUCAUUAAGGACAAAGCUCAUCCCAAGUUCAAACGAGAAGGUGCCGACUUGCGAUACGUACAUAAAUUGUCACUCAGGGAUGCCCAUUGUGGAACGACCGUUAUGGUUCCCACUUUGGAUGGACAACAACAAGCACUCACGCUACGGGAUAUCAUAAAACCAAACACUACAAGGAGAAUCACCGGCCAGGGCCUUCCGAUUCCGAGGACGCCCAAUCUUCGCGGUGACAUCAUCGUCGAGUUGGUUGUCGAGUUCCCGCGCGAGUUGAACGCUUCACAAAAGGAGCUCAUCCAGAGUGUACUCCCGCCGCUU